CCUUGAUUAGCUGCUUGGUGUCUUAUUGCUCAUAGUGUCCCGCUCCUGUCCGGUCCUGCCCAAGGGACACGCUCCUUAACCAACGCCAAAACUCUGAAAUAGAGUCUAAAACUUUUGUGGAGAAUAGGCUUUACUUUUACUAUUACUUCACAUUAAAAGAGCACGCUUAACUUUGAUACUCAGGGCGUUAUUAAUGACAUAGCUAAACUUGGGCAAGAGGGUACGCUUGUUCAAGACACUGAGAAGCGGGAAAGAAUCUACAGGUGCUUGAAGAGGCGCGAGGCUGAAGGAGCACCGCACGCGCCAAGCGCCAGCACAGACACGCGACCAUCAGGAGCAGAGCGCGACCCCCGACCCGUAAAAAAAGCGUCACAGAGAAAAAAGAGAGUGAGAGAGAGGGGAGAGAGAGGGAGGGAGAGAAAGAGAGCAAUAGAGAGAGUGUGCGAGAGACUCGGCCGUCCCAAGAAUGAUGUCCUACAUAAAGCAGCCCCAUUAUGCUGUGAACGGGUUAACGCUGUCCGCCUCAGGAAUGGACCUGCUCCACACCGCCGUCGGCUACCCAGCCAUUCCAAGGAAGCAGCGUCGGGAGCGCACUACCUUCACACGGACCCAAUUGGACAUUUUGGAAGCCUUGUUCACCAAAACACGCUACCCAGACAUAUUCAUGCGAGAAGAGGUGGCUCUGAAAAUUAACCUUCCAGAGUCCAGAGUUCAGGUUUGGUUCAAGAACCGUCGUGCUAAAUGCCGCCAACAGCAACAGCAGACCAGCGGUCAGCCCAAGCCCCGUCCCCCUAAAAAGAAGUCCUCUCCACCCUCUGAACUGACCUCUGACCCUGGUGCCAGCUCCUCAGUGGCGGCUGCCUCUGCCCCUGCCGUGCCCCCUAGUGCCAGCACAGGCACAGCACCAGUUUCUGUGUGGAGUCCCACCUCUCUAUCCCCCCUUCCUGACCCAUUGUGUGGCUCCGGCACACCUUGUGUGCAUCGCCCUGCUCCCUAUCCUAUGAGCUAUGGUCAGCCCUCCACUUAUAGCCAGGGCUACAGCUCCUCUCCUUAUUUCAGUGGAUUAGAUUGCAGCCCGUACCUCUCCCCCAUGACCAGUCAGCUGUCCGCAAGCGGGGGCGCCCUCUCUCCCCUCACCGUGCCCUCUAUGGGCGGCUCGCUCAGCCAGUCACCCUCCCUCUCCUCCCAAGGAUACAGCACCUCCUCGCUGGGUUUCAGUUCCAUAGACUGCCUGGACUACAAGGACCAGCAGGCCUGGAAGCUCAACUUCAGUACCAUGGACUGCCUCGACCAUAAAUUCCAGGUGCUGUAGAAGAGAAAAUGAGCAAGUGAAGAAAAAGAACAAGAGGGAAGGAGAAUUAGGAGAAGACGGAUGAAGAAUAAAUGAUUCUAAACUAUUUCUUGAAAUGCCGGAGACAUUUAGAUGAUGAACAGGACUGAAUCAGCAGGAUUCACAUUAUCUCAGAGGUGAAAAGGGAAGGGAAUCUCAGAUCUCAGAAGGGAAAAGGGCCCAUUUUGGAACAGGUGAAGACUGUUCCUCUGUAAUCCAGACCUGCUCUGUGAUUGGCUGAGAGUGAAAGGACUCCUCAAGUCUACUGAUCAGUCAUCAUUAUUAACCAUUUACCUCUCUCUCACACACACACACACACACACACAGACUAGAACAUAUUUCACAACACACUGAAGUAAAUAUCACUAAAACCUACACACACACACAUAUCACACAAAGACAAGCACAUACGGUAAUUGGAGGGAAACUUCUCGGUUUCUUUACAGAUACAGUUAGCUCUUUAUGGGACAAAAUUCUUUCUACUUUUUUCAUAAGUUUGGUUUGUCUGUACUGAGAGGCAUUAGAAGUUCUUGUGUUGUGCUUUUAGCUUGCUGUUAUUUAUGUAUUGUUAAAUUAUGUUAACUUAUAAGAAAUAAUGUUGUUUUCUGUUAGUUUGUUAAUCCUUACUAAUUAAACUUCAUUUAAUGGCAUUACAUGCAUGCUGUUGAUAUAUAUUUUCUAUUUGGGUGACCUUGUGUUAAAAAAAAUUUGGUGUUUACAAUGGUUGUUAUAUUGCUUUGACCGAAUACAUUCAGAUGGGAGCUACAUUAAAAGUUAGAUUUUUUUUCUCUUAGUUUAACUACACAAUUAAAUGUGGCUUUGUUUAACAAGAGCUGUCUAACUCUGUUUCUCAUUGAUUAUGCAAGAUGAAGCACUACUGUCAUUAAUAA